AUGGGUCCAUUCGAUCCGCUGCCCGUCCACACGUGCACAUCACGCCUGGAAUCUCUGCCCGUCGAAAUCCUCCAAUUAAUCUUCCUCCACAGUCUGGAAAUCAACUUACCCCGGGCAUCACCCCGUCUGGCCCGCGCACUAUCCAACCCCGUGCUCUACACAUGGCUUAUCCGCCUAGUCUUCAGUAGCACGAACCCCGGCUCGAGGGAGGGCUUCUUCACACCGGAUUUCCUGCCCCCGCCGCUGGAUUUCUGGGCCCUGGAGUGGGAGCAGAGGCAGAAAUUGCAGACCGCGAUUCUGACAUGUCGCUGGUGUACGUUACCACUUAUGAGGCGGUGUCAGCGGGAAUACGUGGAUCAUGCUAUCAGACGCAAGUGUGCGGAUUUGGUCUUUUCAGAGGAAGAUCGGGGGAUACUGGAUUCGUUGGAUGACCGAUUCGAUGAUCUGGACAGUUGUGAUAAAGCCGUUGAUGGACGGCGUGGGAAGGGAGAUCUCGUUCUUCCUGCGCAGUUACCGGAUGGAGAGCGGUCUUCGUUAUCGCGCAGUUUCGAUCGAAAAGUUGCUAUUUGGUUCCACUUUGGUGCUGUGCAGAUCCGGGAGCCGAAUGAGAUUUACUAUGAGAAUGAUUUGUUUCGAUUACCUUGUUCGGUGGUUAUCGGACCCGGUCGAAUACCGGAUAAAGUACUGCAGGAGCCGUGGUCGGAUGCGCAAUUCGAGUUUCUGCAGUUACUUUCUUCGGAUUUUUAUCUAGACGAGGAUGAACAUUCGGCGGAGCGCUCUGUGGUGAUUACGACAAGGUUGAUUCGAAGACGUAGGAUUGAGCCGUUUCGUCGGUUAUUGCGCAUGUCGUUUCGUGCGGCGAAUUGUCGGGUUCCGGUUACUUGGCCGUUCCAGGCCGAGCAUUAUCAUUUGAUACGGAGGUAUGCCCGGGGUUCGGGGGAUCCGUUUGCUAGUUGUAUUUUGAAUGAGCGGUGGGAUGUUAUUCCUGCUUCGGCGAAGGAGGAUCUGCUGCGGUUGACUGGGACAACUUGCCAGUUGAGUGAUUAG